AUGCCGGCGGCUGACGCCGAGCAACGAGCUGGAAGCGACGGGAGCCCGCAGCUGUCGGCGUACGAGAGGAAACGGCUGAAGAACAUCUCCGAGAACGCCAAAUUCUUCGCGGCUUUGAAGCUGCACGAGUCAGCUGCAAGACUCCACCAAAUCACAGCUAAAGGACCGUCUCAUGUCACCAAGAGAGCGAAGCCCAGGAAGGCUGAGGGCAGCACAGUGCAGCGCAGGUCCAUGCGGCUCCAGAGGAUGCAGCCCCCAGAGGUCCCGCAGGUGGAGGCAGCGGUGCAGGAGGAGGAAUAUCCCCAGGUUCCCGCUGGACCGCUGCCCAUGGCCGUGGACGGGCAGGAGGAGAGCAGUGAUACAGCACUGCUGGGCACCUGGCUGCGGCUGAGUGAGAUGAACAGUAAAGACGCUGAAAAGCCCACAUGCGACAUGAAGAGGUACCAGGCUGCCCUGAGCAGCAUGCUGCUGCGUGAGGAUGGCAUCAGGAAGGUGGUGAGCAGCCGUGUGUGCUCCGUGGCCAUCCACCCCUCGGAGAGCGCGGUGCUGGUGGCAGCUGGUGACAAGUACGGUCACGUCGGGCUCUGGGACGUUAGCUGUAGGACCGAGGGAGGAGCACACAUCUUCACCCCACACAACCUAUCCGUCAACUGCAUGCGCUUCUCGCCCUCCCACCCCGCACAGCUGCUGUCCCUGAGCCACGACUCCCUGCGCUGCGGGGAUGUCAGCAGGGCGGUGUUCGAUGAGAUAUGCAGAAGUGAGGACAGCCUCUCCUCCUUUGAUUUCCUGGAAGACGGCGCCUGCACGGCCAUCGUGGGGCUCUGGGGUGGCACAGUGGCUGUGGUGGACAGGCGGACCCCGGGGACAUCACCAGAGCUCUCUGCAGACAUCGGCUUCAAAGUAACGAGGACGGUGGACGUGCACCCCGUGGACAAGCAGUACUUCCUUGCUGCUGGCUCUGUCGAUGUCCGCGUCUACGACGUCCGAUGGCUGCGGCGCAGCGGGAACAAAGCUGUGAGCACCCUGCAUGGGCACACCAAGAGCGUGGCCUCUGCCUACUUCUCACCCACCAGCGGGCACCGCGUGGUCACAGUGUGUGCAGACGACAAGCUGAGGGUCUAUGACACCAGCUCUUUAUCGGCCACCUCUGCCCUCCUCAGCACUGUCAGGCACAACAACAACACGGGCCGCUGGCUGACGCGCUUCCGCGCGGUGUGGGACCCCAAACAGGAGCGGUGCUUUGUGGUGGGCAGCAUGGCACGGCCGAGGCAGAUCGAGGUGUUCCAGGACACGGGGGAGCUGCUGCACGCCUUCUGCAACCCCGAGUGCCUGGGCUCCGUGUGCUCCAUCAAUGCAUUCCACCCCACCAGGAACGUCCUCGUGGGUGGCAACUCCAGUGGUCGCCUGCACGUCUUCAUGGAGUAGGGGAGGGCACAGGGGGGCUGUCCUGCACGGAGCUGUGGGGGAGCAAACUGCGGUUUAUAAGUGCUUCACCGAUGUUUGUGGUUAGGCAUUCCUUUCAAUAAAAAGAUAUUAAUCUAGAGGUGGCACCUAGCAGGGUUUGUACCAAAAGAGCUGCGUUUUCCCUGAUGAGGAACUCGGGGGAAGGUCUGGGGCACAGCUGAGGGGCAAGUGGCACAGCUGC